AUGUCUUUUCGGCUUUCUGGUGGAUCUCGGCAGAUCUGCUCACGCGCUGGGUCUGUUAGGCUCUCCAGUGCUGGUGGAGGAGUAGGCUUUGCCACUGGGAAUGUGUGUGUUGGGUCGGGAACAGGAAGCAGCUUUUCUUGUACUCUUGGGGGCAUUGCUUCUGCAGGAGGCUUGUGCAGUGGUGGUGGAGGGCUGGGAAGUGGCAUCUAUGCUGGCUUUCUUGGAAAAGAGAACAGCCUCCUCUCUGGGAAUGAGAAGGUGACCAUGCAGAACCUCAACAACCGCCUGGCCUCCUACUUGGACCAUGUGCGAGCUCUGGAGGAGGCAAAUGCAGACCUAGAGCAGAAGAUCAAGGGCUGGUAUGAGAAGUAUGGGCCUGGCUCUUGCAGGGGAUUUGAUCACAACUGUAAUAGAUAUUUCUCAGCCAUUGAAGAUCUUAAAAGGCAGAUCAUUUCUGUGACCACCUGUAAUGCCAGUGUCGUCCUGCAAAACGACAAUGCCAGGCUGACUGCUGAUGACUUCAAGCUGAAGUAUGAAAAUGAACUUGCUCUGCACCAGAGUGUUGAGGCAGACACCAAUGGUCUUCGCAGAGUGUUGGAUGAGCUGACUCUUUGUACAACCGAUCUGGAAAUACAGUGUGAGACGCUCAGUGAGGAACUGGCAUACCUUAAAAAAAAUCACAAGGAGGAAUUGGAAGUCCUGCAGUGUGUAGCAGGGGGGAAUGUGUGUGUGGAGAUGAACGCAGUCCCCGGAGUGGACCUGACUGUCCUGCUCAACAACAUGAGGGCCGAGUAUGAGGACUUGGCUGAGCAGAACCGCAAAGAUGCAGAGAACAGAUUUAAUGAGAAGAGUGCAUCACUACAGCAACAGAUCUCUGAUGAUGUGGGGUCAGCCACGGCCGCCAGAAAUGAGCUGACAGAACUGAAACGCAAUCUGCAAACUCUGGAAAUAGAACUUCAGUCCCUCCUGGCUGUGAAACAUUCCCAUGAAUGUUCUUUGGCUGAGACUGAAGGAAAUUACUGCAUUCAACUCCAGCAAAUCCAGGAUCAGAUUGGGGCCAUGGAAGAACAACUACAGCAGUUUCGAACAGAAACAGAAGGCCAGAAGUCAGAGUAUGAACAGCUGCUUGAUACCAAAAUACGUUUAGAGAAAGAAAUCGAAAUGUAUUGCAACUUACUAGAUGGAGAGGAAAGAAGCAGCAAAUCUACAUGUUACAAAUCAAAAGGAUGUAGGCCUAUAAAUUCUGGGAGUCAAGUCAAAGAUUCAACAGAAGAAACUAUUGUCAAAACAGUGGUUGAGGAAUUAGAUCAACUUGGUAAUGUCCUUUCACUAAGAGUCCACUCAGUUGAAGAGAAAUCCUCUAAAAUAAGCAAUAUUACAAUGGAGCAACGAAUACCUUCCAAAGCACCAUAA